UGUCAUCAGCGUCGCCAUAUGAUAUUCAGGAAUACGUGGCUGAUUGUUGACAUUACAAACUGACCUUUUUUUUUGUUUUUGGAGUCACUUGUGUGUAUGUGUGUGUGUGGAGCUUCUGUGGAGGUGUAUAGUAUCCACAGCUGUGAGGUAACUGUGCCUAUAAUCUGUCUCACCAGAACUUUUGUAACCUGAGUUAGAGUGAGGUUAAGGGUCAGUUAUUGAACUUGAAUUACACUGGGAGAGGCCUCUCCGCGUCCCUCACCAACCCUCACAGAAACCCUGUGGGGUUUGUUUGUUUUCUCUCCCAGUCUCUCCCAGAGCUUACCCAGUCCUCUGUAAUGAGUAUUUAAUACACACCCUCAGACGUGUUUACACUGCAUGUAACAACACCGGCUGUGUGAUCUUGCAACACACUUAGACAUACGUGUAAAAGUAUGUGCUUUCUGAGCGCGUUUUUGCCCUGCAUAUGUAUGUACACAUGCAUGCGUGUUCCCUUUCAUUCUGUCUCCCACCCUCUAUUUUCCUGAUUUCUGAAGUCUGUAGCCUGAGGGGGAGAACACCUGCCAGUUUUUUUUUCUCCUCCUCAAUCUAGGAUAAGACAAUAGAAGUAGUAGAGGUGUUUGGUUACACACAGAAACAGCAAAGAAUGAGGUGUAUUAAAGCUGUCUCGCCCACAAGGUCACUCCGACACCCCAGGUGUGACCUAGAGAAAAAAUAAAAAACAUUUCAUUUUGUCAAUGGCGCUUCAAGUGUAUAGCUAAUAAUUUGACCUGAACAGCCUCCUCAGCAAGCUGUGAAGUUUUUAGCAUAUAAUUUUCUCUGCACAUGUUCCGCGUUAUAUUUGGUACCAGGGCCUUUCUACAUUGUGACACAGCGCGCUCUGUUGGUGAUGCUCUAGUGCUACCGCGUUGCAAAAAAAAAAAAAAAAAAGCUCCGAGUGGGAGCGUUUUGUCUUUUUAUAGGCAGAAAAACCACAUCCCUGGCUUCUUUGAAAGCUUGCAUUCGCUAAGUAGUAGUUAGGCCUGCCAGUACUUACUCACAACUUUAUAACUAUGUGCGGUGGAGAAACUCUUUGAACUGCGCCCGUUUCCAGCUUGAUACUGAUGCCUUUAUAAUAGUGCAGUAAAUGGGCUAUAUUCACAUAAUUAGCUGGGAUUCUCAUCUGUUUAUUAUUUAAAGUCAAUGUUUUAGGUGGGAGACACCUUGAAGUUGUUAACUCCGAAAAUAUUAACGCUGUGAAACUGUUUGGUCCUUUAAGCAAUGAAUUUUAAAAUUGGAUUGUCAUUAAAUGCGAAAAAAUGCUAGCAAGCAAAGAAGAAACACAUCUAAUAUUAGAGAAAGCAGUAAUUGUGCAAAUAAUAUUAAAAUAAAUCCCAAGAUUUCAGUGAACUGAUGAAAAACCUGCCGAUUGAAAUGAGAAAGAAAUUGAUAUAUUCUUUUCAAAUUGCAAAAGUACUUAUUAACCCCAUUUUAAUUAUUCAUAUUUAAUAUUUAUCACACCCCACUCAUAAAAUAGUAAUAAUAAUCAUUAGCCUGUAAAAGCAUUCCAUAAUUCAAAGAAUCAUGUGGAAACUGUACAGCCCAUUCACUAUGUCCAAAUAACAUUUGUUUACAAAUAAUAUGCCCCAAAAGUUAAGCUACAUUGUAUUAAGAAAUAAUUUUUGAAACUUUUUAAAAAUCAAUUUCAAGUCAUAACAUCCAAAAUUUAAUUUAAAAAGCAUACAAAAUAACACAAAAAUGCUCAAGUCGAAUCAUUCGCUUUGAAUUUGCAUAAGACUUUUAGGGCAGCUUGAUAAAAGCGACCAAUUUGGGAGAUUAUUUAAUGAUUUUGUUGAAUGUUUAACUGUAUUUCUUGAUUUGUAGACUUGCUGUUGCAGGCUGCAGCCACUAGAUGUUACUAAAGCACCGCCUUUGUUUCCCAGGGUUCACAGAAAGGACACAUCGAAGAGACCCCUGUGCCCCCUCCCUCAGGCCUGUUUAUUAGUGGGGUCAGUUUUAUUGUUAUUGCCGACUGAAGCAGGCGCGUGUGCGGUGACAAGUGUGUGUCGAGAAGCCACACUGGAUGAGUGUUUUUGUUGACAUUGGAUUUGAUUUAACACUGAAGCAUGAUUUAUUGCUACAGAAGUGGUGUGGAUGGAACAGGUUUACAAGCCCACCAGGCUGCUUUAAUAGAAGCCCGCUGUCCUCCUUGCUCACUGUGUGUGUUGUGCACGCUCGUCCUGGAACCGUGCUGCCCCCUGCUGUCCAUUUGAGCUCAUUAGAAUUCCAUUAUUGCUAAUAUCAGAUUUAGCCUAUCAGAGUUGAUUCCAGUUGUGAUGUUUCUGGCUGCGGAGUCUCUGCGGAGACUCUGUGCCAAGCGAAACAGAUUGACCAGCCGACGUUGCCAGAUCUGUGGUAGUCGGAUGGUGAUUAAGAGAAAAAAAAAACCUGACUGGAAUGAUCUCAACAUCUGCCCGUCAGAUUCCUGGAUGAAAACCUUCAUUCUUAGAUGAAUGAGAGUUGGACAGUCUGCGGUUGAGCAGUGAAAUGUUUUGAACAUAACAUCAAAACCAGCAUGAAGGAACUGGGAAAGAUGUUUCGCUCCGCACACAUACUGGCAGGCAGAGUUUGGUUUCAGAGGAGUUGCGCUGUUUAAAAAUAAUUAUAUUUAAGCUGAACAGCCUCCAGGAGAUGGCCGCAAAUACCUCCGUCGUGUGAUGAGAAGUGGGUUGUAGAAACGGAAGCAGAGGUUUGUUGAUGUGAAAACAGUAAUCAUUUGCUUAAGUUUGAAAUAAGUUCUGUGUUCUGACUGAAGUCAGACACAUUCUGAAACCGUCAUCCAUCUGUGACUCGAUCCAACAAGCCUCCCCCGGAGUGUCACCAUUUAUCCAUCACAGCUGACAGCUAGCAAACACAAACAAGCUACAGAGGAACACAAGACAUGAAGAAUGACAGUUGCAAUUUGGCAGGUCUGACUCCUUGGACGUGUUUGACACUUGACGGUGGACGAUGACUGACCGCAGGGACAAAGAGGCUUGGAUGCUUGCCGUGUGACAUUUUGGAACCGACUGAAAAUAACCGACGACAGCGCUCCGAAGUCCAGAAGGGCUUUAUGUUUUAUUUAAUACCAAAUCCCAAUUCAGCAGUGUCCUGAGGCAGCGUCGCACUGUUGACUCAUUGAACUUUGAAGUUUAAUCGUAAGGAAAUGAAAAGGCCUGAAGUCAACUUGGCACUCUCUCUUAAUGAACGAUUCUUUCAUGCUGGCUUUGUGCUGCGUCUCACGACAGUUAUGACUUCAUAUUUCAUGAAUUUCUGCUGCAUUUCAUAAAAAGAUUUUUCCCACCUGGGUUGCAAAAUCAUUCCCAACAAUAACUUCCUAUCUCUCUGCUUACAUACCGUCUUUCCUUCCAGUACUGAGCUAGUAUCUCUCUAGCUAACUAGCUACCUGCUAAAUACUGCUCACCAACGACUGACUUACAUACGUCCUUGAUCGUACCCUUACUGUAAUGAUAUGCCAAUGUUUUUCUUCUAUCCUUCCUUCCUCUCUCCUUUCCUUGCCAGAAAUGUAUCAUAAUGCCCUCAUCCUCAUUUGUCGUUGUACCUCCCUUCUUUCUUUUGCUUCCUUUUUCUUUCUCUGUUCCCUCUUUUUCUUCCUUCCUUCCUCCAUUCCUUAAUUCUUUCCUUUGCGGUGAUUUAUCUGCCUGUCUGUCCAUCCAUCAGUCAACUUGUCUACCUCCCUACAAACCUCCAUCUGUUCAUCCCUCUUCCUUCUUUAAUCGAUAUUCCUGUAAACAUUGGCACAUCCCUCGUCCAUCCAUCCAUUCUUCCUUUCUUCAUCAUCCCUUCAUUCCUUCCUCAAUUUAUAUUCCCGUUGACUUCCACUCUUCCCUCCGUCCAUCCAUCGUUCCUUCCUUCCUCCCUUCCAUCCAUCCAUCCUUCCUCCCUUUCUUCUAUCGUUCCUCCCCACUUCCUUCACUGCCUCUAUUUAUGUUCCUGUAUUCCUUCCACACAUCCCUUUGCCCAUCCAUCACCCAUCAUUCCGUCUUUUUGUCCUUCCAUUCUUCCUUCCAGCCACAUAUCAUUAUGCCCUCAGCAGUUCUUCAUUUGUCCUCUUACCUCUGAUCUACUAACUGACCUGCAGACCGUCUGUCAAUCGACCUGCCUACCUACCCCUUCUAUUUGUUCAUCCCUCUUCUUUUCUUUCUUCCCUUCCUCAAUUUACACUCCCGUUGUCAUCCACACUUGCCUCCUUCACUUCCUCACUCUAUAUCCCUGUAGACUUCCACACUUCCUUCCUCCCUUCCAUCCCCUCCUCAGUCUCCAUUCCUGUAAUCCUCCACUCUUCCUAUAUUCCUCCUCUCAGCCCCAUGCAAACAGACUUACCAAUUUUCAAAGUAGGCAUCACCGUGUCUGCUGCCUGCGAAUUUGCCCCGCAUCCUAAGUGGUUCGUCCUGCUCCGAAGAAAGCAAGCCUGGUCAUUAUGUCCCUGACGCAGGGAGGCGCUAGAUCACAAGCAUCGAUCGUAUUACUGCAUUGACUUCCAGGGACGUGCAACUCAUUCAAAUCCCCCUCCUUCUCUCUCGCACUCUCUCACGGUCGCAGUCUUGUGUUUGGCUGCAUGUCCCUCCGUCACUCAGUGGAUCUCCUCCGCUGCGUCCGCGCUCCGUCUCCUCGGCUCAGUGCGGGCAUGUCGAACUGGCCGCGACAGUAGUGGGCUUCCGUCCGCCUGCUUUUGAAGGAAACCUAGAGAAAAAGAAGAGUCCGAGAGAGUAAAGUGACUCAUUUCUCCCGACGUCUUGUGCAAGUAGAUGAGUCAAUGGCAGGGGCACAGCCAGGAGUUCAUGCGCUGCAGCUCAAGCCGGUGUCCGUGCCAGAGAGCCUCAGAAAGGGCAACAAAUUCAUGAAAUGGGAUGAUGAUUCAACCACAGUGACGCCAGUAAUACUCACCGUCGACCCAAAAGGCUACUUCCUGUAUUGGACCGACCAGAAUAAGGAUACAGACUUGCUGGACAUUGCCUAUAUAAAGGAUGCCAGAAAUGGGAAAUGCACCAAAACACCAAAGGAUGCCAAGCUGCGCGAGCUGCUGGAUGUCAACACUCUGGCGGGGAAGAUGGAGAACAGGAUGCUGACGGUGGUGAGCGGCACAGACAUGGUCAACAUCACCUACCUGAACUUCAUGGCCUUCCAGGAGGAGACAGCGAAGGAGUGGGCUGAAGAGCUGUUCAACCUGGCCUCCAACCUCUUGGUCCAGAACAUGUCUAGAGAGGCCUCUCUGGAGAAAGCAUACACUCGACUGAAGCUGCAGCUGAAUCCUGAGGGGCGAAUACCCGUCAAGAAUAUCUUCAGGAUAUUCUCCUCAGACAGGAAGCGAGUGGAGACAGCGCUGGAAAACUGUAACCUCCCAUCUGGCAGAAAUGACUCCAUCCCACAGGAAGACUUCACUCCAGAGAUCUACAACCUGUUUCUGAGCAACAUCUGUCCACGGCCAGAGCUGGACCACAUCUUCUCAGACGUCGGCGCCAAGAGUCGUCCCUAUCUGACCGUGGAGCAGAUGACUGAGUUCAUCAACAAUAAGCAGAGAGACCCCCGUCUGAAUGAGAUCCUCUACCCGCCAGUCAAGCCGGAGCAGGUCCAGCUGCUGGUGGACAAGUAUGAGCCCAAUGCUGCCCUGGCACAGAAAGGUCAGAUCUCAGUGGAAGGGUUCGCCCGAUAUUUGAACGGCGAGGAGAACAGCAUCAUUCCACCUGAGAAGUUGGACCAGAGUGAAGAUAUGACGUUUCCACUUUCCCACUACUUCAUCAACUCCUCUCACAACACGUACCUCACAGCCGGACAGCUCGCCGGAAACUCCUCCGUGGAAAUGUACAAGCAAGUCCUCCUGUCCGGGUGUCGCUGCAUCGAACUGGACUGCUGGAAAGGUCGCACCACCGAAGAAGAGCCCGUCAUCACUCACGGCUUCACCAUGACCACUGAGAUUUCCUUCAAGGAAGUGAUCGAGGCCAUCGCAGAAUGUGCCUUCAAGACCUCCCCCUUCCCCAUCAUCCUGUCCUUUGAGAACCAUGUGGACUCACCAAAGCAGCAGGCCAAGAUGGCAGAGUACUGUCGGUCAAUAUUUGGAGACGCAUUACUGACUGAACCUCUGGAGAAAUAUCCCCUGGAGUCAGGAGUCCCACUGCCCAGCCCGAUGGAACUGAUGGGCAAAAUAUUGGUGAAGAACAAAAAGAAGCACCACAAAACAGACGGAAGCACCAAGAAGAAGCUGGCCGAGCAGGUUUCCAACACCUACAGCGACUCGUCCAGCGUGUGCGAGCCGUCGUCCCCGAGUGCAGGGUCAACGAAGGAAGAUACAGGUGAUUCCUCUCAGCCAGCUGAGGGCGCAGAGCUCAGCUUGAGGCCACAGGGCAGAAAGUCUAUUGGUGAGGUGGAAGCAGAAAGUGAGGAUGAAGAUGACGACGAUGACGAUUGUAAAAAGGGUUCAAUGGAUGAGGGGACUGCAGGCAGCGAAGCCUUUGCCACAGAGGAAAUGUCCAACUUGGUCAUCUACAUCCAGCCAGUCAAGUUCAACAGCUUUGAGGGCUCCAAAAAAAUCAACCGCAGCUACCAGAUGUCAUCCUUUGUUGAGACCAAAGCUUUGGAGCAGCUGACCAAGUCCCCUGUGGAGUUUGUAGAAUACAACAAACUGCAGCUGAGCAGAAUCUAUCCGAAAGGAACUCGAGUGGACUCGUCCAACUACAACCCUCAACUCUUCUGGAAUGCUGGCUGUCAGCUGGUGGCUCUCAACUUCCAGACCAUUGAUCUGUCCAUGCAGCUCAACCUGGGCAUGUACGAGUACAACGGAAAGUGCGGCUACCGGCUCAAACCAGAGUUCAUGAGGCGACCAGACAAACACUUCGACCCGUUCACGGAGAGCACGGUGGACGGGAUCGUCGCUAACACCCUGUCAGUGAAGAUCAUCUCUGGCCAGUUUCUCUCUGACAAGAAAGUAGGAACCUAUGUGGAGAUCGACAUGUUCGGCUUGCCAGUGGACACAAAGAGGAAGGCCUUUAAGACGAAAACUUCACAAGGCAACGCCAUCAACCCGGUCUGGGAAGAGGAGGCGAUCGUCUUUAAGAAGGUGGUUCUGCCCACACUGGCUUCACUGAGAAUAGCAGUGUUUGAAGAGGGAGGGAAGUUUAUCGGCCACAGAAUCAUCCCAGUGUCUGCCAUUCGUCCAGGCUACCAUUACAUCAGCCUGAGGAAUGAGAAGAACCAGUCGCUGGCGCUGCCCGCUCUGUUCGUGUACGUGGAAGUCAAGGAUUAUGUUCCUGACACCUUUGCAGAUGUCAUCGAAGCCUUGUCCAAUCCCAUUCGCUACGUCAACCUGAUGGAGCAGAGAGCCAACCAGCUGGCGGCUCUCACGUUGGAGGAGGGUGGAGAGGACGACGGGGACAAAGAGGCGGAGACAGGAAGUGAUGCGCCAUCUGAAUCUAAAGUGGACUCCAGGGUGGUGUUACCUGCAGAGAAUGGGCUGAGCCACACACCUAUUAUAUCCCCAAAGCCACCUUCGCUGGGUGGGCACCAGCCUCAGUCUGCAGGCCCUAUGAAGCCAGCUGUGAAGACCGAAGACAUCAUCCAAAGUGUCCUCACUGAACUGGAGGCUCAGUCUGUGGAGGAGUUGAAACAGCACAAGGGUUUUGUGCGUGAGCAGAAGAAGCAGUACAAAGAGAUGAAGGAGCUAGUGCGCAAACACCACCGCAAGACAAGCGAGCUGAUCAAGGAGCACACGACCCGUAUGUCCGAGCUGCAGAGCCAGCAUCAGCGCCGGCGCUCAGCCAUGCAGAAGAGCCACAAAAAAGAUGGUAAGAAAAGUCGAUCGGACUAUUCUCUGUCCACCUUGGACCAGGAGCUCGCUGACCUGGACCAGGAAUGCAGCCAGAGGCUGUCGGAGCUGAAGGAGCAGCAGCAGCAGCAGCUUCUCACGCUUCGCCAGGAGCAGUACUACAGCGAAAAGUACCAGAAGAGAGAGCACAUCAAGCAGCUGGUGGAGAAGCUGACCACACUAGCCGAGGAGUGCCAGAGUGCUCAGCUCAAGAAGCUCCGAGACAUCUGUGAAAAAGAAAAGAAAGAUCUCAAGAAGAAAAUGGACAAGAAAAGACAGGAGAAGAUUAACGAGGUCAAAUCGAAAGACAAGAACGUAACAGAAGAGGAGAAGCUGGAGAUCAAUAGGUCGUUUGUGAACGAGGUGGUUCAGUACAUCAAAAGACUGGAGGAUGCGCAGAGUAAACGCCAGGAGCGACUGCUGGAGAAACACAAGGACAUCCGUCAGCAAAUUCUGGAUGAAAGGCCAAAGCUUCAGGGCGAUCUGGACCAGGAGUACCAGGACAAAUUCCGGCGGCUACCUGUGGAGAUCCAAGAGUUUGUUCAGGACAGCAGCAAGGCCAAGCUUAGCGAGGACGCCGUCCAGAGUGAGAACCUUGUCAGCUCUUCAACAGCUGAGAAGCUGAACCACAAGGCGUCGCAGUCGGAGGACGACACUGAGGACGGCUCGAUGGAGCGAGUCUACGACACCCCUCUUUAAAUACGCGCACCUUUGCUUCACACUGAACCUGGAUCAGACGUGUAUUGGACAACUCUCGUUCUGUAUAUAUAUCCAGCGGAAGGACUUUACCAUGGACUGAACCGGUGAGUAGGCCUUGCUCUCCACACCAGGGGAUGCUGAGAAAACAAUGUAAAAAAUAUGUUGUGUGUGUCUGUAUGUUGUCUGUUGGGUGCGCAGGAAAUACUUGAACUAUUGCACGAGGGGUUUCUUUUGAGUUAAGGUGGAGGUGGUCUGUGCACUGAGUGGUGGUUCUGAAUUCACUCAUAGUGGACUUGUCAAUGAAGUCGAGUCGACUUGUAAACCAGCCGCUACGUCACCAGCCUCCCAUCUCUGUUUGCACUGAAGUCUCUCAACACAACGAUGUGACAUUGUGUUGCUGCUAAUUCAUUUGAAUACACAUAGUUUUUUUUUUGUUUUUUUUGUUUUAAUCCUCGUUGGGUUUGUUGAUUUGUCACGGGGACAGGAAGUUGUACAGCAUCUGCAUGAACCUGAACUAACUGUAAAUGUCACAGUAGCUCUGUAGCAGAGAUGUUUAUGUAAAUCUAUUUUCUUGGAGAUAUUUAACAAGAUCACUGGGCAAAAAAAAAAAAAAGACAACAUUCUUCACACAGUAAUUGUGCUGUUGACCUUUUCGAUGAACAACACCAGGACGUUGAAGAUCCGGAUCCUGCUGUAGUUUUAUAAAAGUGGCCUUCCUUAUUUUACUGGCUCACUGUUUACUACCAGUAACUGGGUCUGUGGUCCGAGUCCGAUCCAAUAUUGACUCAAGUCGCUCACCACAUCAAGACGGUGUUUGAAACAUGGUUCUUUAGUUGUCGAUCACGUGGGCUUUGGCUUCUUGUAAGAAUGUCCCCUUCUUCUCUGAGGGGUUCCGGGCAGCUAAAUGUAGAGACAGCCCCUUGAGUAGAAGUUAAGACUCAGUUCCGAACGACUGGUUCGUGACCACCUGGACUUUUCCUGUGCCAUUGAAACUACGGGGGUGUGAAGGAUCUGCUGACAACCACAGUUCUGUUCCAUGUGAGAGUCCUGUGCCUUUUUAAUAGCCUUGUUUGAUGUUGAAUGUGUGAAAUGCAAUAUAUCUUAUGGAGCUGUCAGAUAUUACAAAUAGACUGUGUGCACUUUUGAGUCCCACUACUGAGUAAUGCUUGUGACAAGCAGUGUUCUGAUUUAUUUAACACCCCCGUCAUCAUUUUACGUGUAUGCACUCUCUGGAAAUGGAAAUGUAUUGCUAACAGAUAAAACAUGAUGUUCAUAAAGAUUAUAUAGUGUCAAGGGAAUUUGCCUGUAAGUAAAUA